GCGACGGUGGGCGCCGCUCCCUCCCCGCCGGCGGACCGGGUCUGGCCUCAGGGGUGGCCCUUUAAAAGGCAGGGUCUUGUCCGGAGGGGGCGGGCGGGGGGCGCUGACCGCCACCCGAGGCCCGGCCCCUCCUCUCUCCCUCCCCCUCCCUCCAUCCGUCCGUCCCUCCCUCGGUCCCCGCGUCGCUCGCUCGCUCGCCGGGCGCACGCUCCGCCUCCACCAGUCGGCUCGGCGGUCUAGUGCGCGGCGUGGAGCGGGAGCCCGGGGCCGGGGCCGGGGGCUGGGAGAUCCGCGCCCGCCACCCGGCGAGCCUGAGCCGCAAUGGCUGAGAUGGGCAGCAAGGGGGUGACGGCGGGGAAGAUCGCCAGCAACGUGCAGAAGAAGCUCACUCGGGCGCAGGAGAAGGUCCUUCAGAAACUGGGGAAGGCAGAUGAGACGAAGGAUGAGCAGUUUGAACAGUGUGUCCAGAAUUUCAACAAGCAGCUGACCGAGGGCACCCGCCUGCAGAAGGACCUCCGGACCUACCUGGCCUCGGUCAAAGCCAUGCAUGAGGCCUCCAAGAAGCUGAACGAGUGUCUGCAGGAGGUGUAUGAGCCCGACUGGCCUGGCAGGGAUGAAGCAAGCAAAAUUGCUGAGAACAAUGACCUGCUCUGGAUGGAUUACCACCAGAAGCUGGUGGACCAGGCGCUGCUUACCAUGGACACGUACCUGGGCCAGUUCCCUGACAUCAAGUCACGCAUCGCCAAGCGCGGGCGGAAGCUGGUGGACUACGACAGUGCCCGGCACCAUUACGAGUCCCUUCAAACCGCCAAAAAGAAGGAUGAAGCCAAAAUUGCUAAGCCUGUCUCGCUGCUUGAGAAAGCCGCCCCCCAGUGGUGCCAAGGCAAACUGCAGGCUCAUCUCGUAGCUCAAACUAACCUGCUCCGAAAUCAGGCUGAGGAGGAGCUCAUCAAAGCCCAGAAGGUGUUUGAGGAGAUGAAUGUGGAUCUGCAGGAGGAGCUGCCAUCCCUGUGGAACAGCCGUGUGGGUUUCUAUGUCAACACAUUUCAGAGCAUUGCGGGCCUGGAGGAAAACUUCCACAAGGAAAUGAGUAAGCUCAACCAGAACCUCAACGACGUGCUCAUCAGUCUGGAGAAGCAGCACGGGAGCAACACAUUCACAGUGAAGGCCCAGCCUAGAAAGAAAACUAAACUGUUCUCCCGGCUGCGCAGAAAGAAGAACAGUGACAACGCGCCUGCGAAAGGGAACAAGAGCCCCUCACCGCCGCCUGAUGGCUCCCCUGCUGCCACCCCCGAGAUCAGAGUCAACCAUGAGCCCGAGCUGGCGGGCGCGGCCACCCCUGGGGCCGCCCUCCCCAAGUCCCCGUCUCAGCUUCGGAAAGGCCCACCAGUCCCUCCGCCUCCCAAACACACCCCGUCCAAGGAGGUCAAGCAGGAGCAGAUCCUCAGCUUGUUUGACGACACGUUUGUCCCUGAGAUCAGCGUGACCACCCCUUCCCAGUUUGAGGCCCCGGGGCCUUUCUCGGAGCAGGCCAGUCUGCUGGACCUGGACUUUGACCCCCUCCCGCCUGUGGCAAGCCCUGUGAAGGCGCCCACGCCCUCUGGUCAGUCGAUUCCAUGGGACCUCUGGGAGCCCACAGAGAGUCCAGCUGGCAGCUUGCCUUCCGGGGAGCCCAGCGCUGCCGAGGGCACCUUUGCUGUGGCCUGGCCCAGCCAGACGGCCGAGCCGGGGCCUGCCCAACCAGCGGAGGCCUCGGAGGCGGCUGGAGCCCAGGAGCCUGGGGAGACGACCGCAAGUGAAGCAGCCUCCAGCUCUCUCCCUGCGGUGGUCGUGGAGACCUUCUCGGCAACAGUGAAUGGCACGGUGGAGAGCGGCAGUGGGGCAGGACGUCUGGACCUGCCCCCGGGGUUCAUGUUCAAGGUGCAGGCCCAGCACGACUACACGGCCACUGACACGGACGAGCUGCAGCUCAAGGCUGGGGACGUGGUGCUGGUGAUCCCCUUCCAGAACCCGGAGGAGCAGGAUGAAGGCUGGCUCAUGGGCGUGAAGGAGAGUGACUGGAACCAGCACAAGGAGCUGGAGAAAUGCCGGGGCGUCUUCCCCGAGAACUUUACCGAGCGGGUACAGUGAGAGUGCAGCUGGCGGAGCUCUGGGCGUGUGAACAACAGCACCUUCUCCCGAAAAAUGUGUGUUUCUUGCUUUCUUUUUUGUUUUUGUUUUUGUUUUUAAACUUUUGAGAAGUAAAAGGGAAAUUGAGAGGAGAGACCUAAGCCAGGAGGUGUUCUCCCAAAGAUGAGGUUGUUUUCCAAAGAGCCUGGUUUCGGCGAGCCCGGCAGAGUCACCGGCGUUCCUAAAGCUGCUGUGUUCCCUAGUUGAGCUCCCGGCCGCCUCCCCCGCCCUCACCCUCUGGUGUCGCCGCCGCCGGCCACGGGACGGGGCCUGGGGGCCACCGAGCCACCACGCUUGCCUGAAGCUUGGGCCGUGCCGCCUGGGCCAGGGUCUCCUUUCCUGGCAGCCGCCGUGGGUGGGGUCCAGGCUCUCCAGAGACUUCGGGCCCAGUCACCAGCCUGGCCUGGCCCAGCCCCGCAGGAGUCUGUGUGCUGUUUGAAAAUAAAUCUUUGUGUUCAAAACAAAACGAAACCAACAAAAGCUGA